CGAGACAUUCCCCCACUCCGCGGUCCCACACACCACACGAAAUUGUUCUCAUUCCAACCAGAUCUCACUCAGGCAGACGACGCAGCUGUCUUGGUUAUUAGCACGGUGGCCAAACGAAGAGGAUUUUUUACUUCUUAUUUUAACUUGUUUCUGUUUGUAAAAGCUAAAAAGAACUUGAGGAGUUAUAUAAUAAUACAAUCCACCAGGAGGUAAGCACAUUUCUUUUUCUUAGUAGGAAUACAUUUUUAAUUUAUUUUGUCUAUUUUAUCUAUUUAAAAAAAUCAAUCUAUCACUGAAUAUCAGGACUAUCAGUUCUGUUUUUAUACGUCGACAAUGAUUUAGUUAGGUACGAUUAAAGAUACGUAGUGUUAUUUACCUGUAGUCAAUUCAAUUCUAUGUAUGUGUUUUGAGUUGUUUUUUUAAAGUCGUAAGGUUGUUAAGUAAUACUUAAGGCAUGGUGUGCCUGAUGUAGGCUUGCCUCUAAUCUAAUAUAAGGUAGUAUGCAUCCGUGUUGUCAGUCGAUCGCUGGUCUGCAAAAGUUUAAACUUUAAGAAGAUCGAUAGAUAACAGUAAAUUGAACAAGUCAUUAUAGAUUGGGAAUAAAUAUUAUUCCCUUAAUCAACUUAAUGAUAAUAAUUUAUUCCUGCUGGUCCGUCAAGAUGAAAAGGUUAUGUUGUUACACUGGUCCAGUAUAGAAAGGAUCUACUCAAGCUCUGUUUACAAGAUGAGGAUGUGACGUUUUUAAUUCGUGCAUGGUCAUUGGAAUCUUGUCUAUCUUUUUGCAUUCAGUCAUGCGAGCUUAAAAAAAAAUAUUUUUUUUUGUAAAGAAUGGAUGUCGAUAGGUAUACUGUCGACCCACAAUCCCAAACUAACCUACAGGCCCCCGUAAAAUGUUAUCUUGAAUAUAUCAUAUGUGAACGUAUUCCAACAAGAACGUGUAGUGUGUAACUUGCUGAUCUCUUUGGCCCAGACACACUCGACAAAAUUACAUCCACCAGUAGUGAAUUUGAUAGAGCGCUAAUAGGGUCAGUGCCCCUUGUACCAUGGGGGAGGUGACUCACCGUGGAGUUAUCUGUUCUUUGUGUUAUCAUCACUCUCAUGUGGAGUAUUGAAAUUUUUUAACUUGGUAAUGAACAGGUAAUGGACUUGGACACAUAUGUUCCGUUAGUGUAAUGUACAUUUCUUACUCUUCCCCGUGAUAUGGUUAUGAUGCAUUACAAUAUAUAUUUUUACACAUAAAAAUGCGAAAUUUGUUUAGUUCUUUUUUUUUUUUUUUUGGAAUACCGUAGUCUUGUCCUUCACUCAGUCUCAGUGGCUUCUCAUUGAAUCAAUGAGUCAUUGUUCAUUGUUAUGUUUAUUCUAUUGUUGAAAAAGGUGAAAGUUAAAGAUGCUGACUGAUACGGUUUCAGAUUAAGUGGGUUUAUUCUUAACAUGAUCAUGAUGGCACCUGAAAUUAAUAAUUUAAUAUUGCGUUAUUUAUUGUUUCUUGAAGUUGAUAUACCGGUACAUUUCGUGGACAAUUGAGACAAUUAGUUGUGAGCAUUUUAAAAAAAUGGUUAGUGUAUUGUUAUAUAUAGAGGAGAUAUUAGGCUUAUCAACAGGCUGAGACCCACUGAGUCUCCACCAUACCAAACCAGCUAGACUAUAAUAUGUUAUUAGUAAGGCACUGGUGCCAUCUAGCAACACUACAUACCUGGGCCGUGAAAAGGGGGGCAUUCGCCCCCAUGCUCAAACAGUGUGGGGGAGGGGGGGGGGCAAACAGAUCCUGCUCCCCACCAACUCACCAAGAGGAAUAAAGAUAUAAAGUAAAACUAAACAUUCAAUAAAGUUAAACUUCGAUGAAUUUAAUUUAUGGAUAAAAAAAACAAAAUCAUUCAAAAUCAAUAAUAGUUAUAAAACAUCAGAAAUAAGCUAUAGAUAAUCACAGAGGUUGAUACAUCAUUAUUAUUGACAGAGAGAUAGAAUACAUUACUUAAUAUGAAUCAACAUAAUCUUAUACGUAAUUUUUUUUUUUUUGCAGAGAAUUGUUUAAUUUUUGGAUUAAAGUCAAUGGUCUUGAGGAUGUUAUUUUCCAUGCAUAUGACUGAGAAACGUUUUUUGUCUCAUUGUACUGCGAAGCUGAUUAUUACCUAAUUUUUUUUCGAUUCAUAUCUGGGGAAAGUAAAACUUGUUGAUGAGAGUUAUUCCCCUUUAAAAAUUUUUUUUAAAUGUCUAACUUUAAUAUGCAUUUAUGAUAUUAAUUUUGGAAUGUGCUAUAUCGUGGGCUACAAUUGGGAAAUUGGGAAUUUUAAAUCGAAUUGAUUUGUCAAAAUCGUUCAAUAUUUAUUAAAAAUAUGUAAAGCAUGAUGCCCCUACAAUAGUGAGUCCCCUAGAAACUAGGGGCCCCCCUACAAGCGCGGGGGCCCUGGGCCAGUGCCCACCGGGCCCAUGCCUUGAGACGGCACUGAGCAUAACCUCAUACAUCCUGACCCACCUGCCCACCUCCAAUACUCUUAUGUAUACUUUUAUUUCCAUACAAGUACACAAGAUACAAAGAUAUGAACUCCAUUCACGUUUUUUUUUUAAAUUGUCAUUUCCGUGAUACAAUGGGGGCAUUCCUUCACCCAGUUACUAUGAUUUACUUCACUUGAUUAAAAUCUCCUCUUUCGCCGGCGAUUCAGAUCUAACGUUUUCAUAGCGCCCCGUCCAUAGAAAAUCUUGUCCUUUCAACCACUGAAUCCCGUUGAUAGCUAGAGUGUGAUUGUGUGUUACAGACUUGUUCUUAUUCUUGUUAUGGUGUAUUUAUUCCUUGGGUAAGGGGCGUGAAAGUACGGUAUACGUAUGAGGGUGUAAAUAGGACAAUGUUGUUUCACAUCAUCUAUUGACUAAGGCAGUAAUUGGCCAACAUGUUUUUAUUUUGAUUCUGGUAAGAAGUUGUUUGUUUUGUUGUUGUUUUUUUGUUGUUGUUGUUAAAGGUAACGUCAUCCUGCUUUAAAUGGCACAAAUGAAUUUUUUUAACACCCAGAACGGUAUUAAAUGUAUACCUUAAAUUAUACAGUUAAUAAUGGCAGGUUUUUUUGAAAGCUUAUCCCAACUACUUGUCCCAAUCAUUCAUUCCCUUGUCUGGAUUCGCAUGACUCUCAGAUCCGAAUCCUUGGUAUUUUGAGAUUCCAGAACACUGGCCAGCUGACCGGUGUUUACCAACCCCCCCCCCCUCUUUUUUUUCCGCUUCCCCCCACUGAGGGCCAGAUGUUUACGUUUCCGGCUCGACUUUCGAGGUGUCGUCACCUUUGAAUUGUUCAUUGUCAGGUGGCAGACGUCAAGCCACCUGCUCAGUUUCACUGGCCUAUUUUGGACGUCUGUUUCUCGGACACUGGUUUACUUGCACCUGUCGGGGUGUUUAACGGCCCUGAAUUUCUUGGUCUACCAGACUAGUAACAUUUUUUAACUAGAAUUUUGGUAUAAUUUGAAAUGAGUAAUAAUGAAAAUACUUAUGAACAUUUAGUUGGGGGGGGGGGGGUAAACAGGGGGCAGUUGGUGAAAUACUUCUACUACCCUCUUCUUAGCACUGAAACAUAGAGACAAAGUCUCAUUAUGACUAUGAACAUUAUGAUGAACAUGUAAUGCAAAUGUAAGGAUUAAUUCAUUAUGUAACCCGACAAGAUAAGUUUUUUAUUUUUUAAUAAAUUCGGCAAUGCAACUAGUCCGUUGGUGCCCCGUGCCUCUAUGAACUUUUUUUGUUAUGGAUUAACCCAGUGGUCCCCAAAUGGCGGUCCGUGGACCUUCACCGGUCCGCACGCCUAACGCUGCCGGUCCCCAUAACAUAAAUAUUUAUGGUCAAAUAGAAAUAAAAGUAUAAAAAUAAAUCAUGCACCUGUCCCUGGCAAAAUUUCGAAACCUGUUCACCGGUCCGCAAAACUUAAAAGUUUGGGAACCACUGGUCAUUAGCCCAUAGCAUCUAACUGCCCUGGUAUAAAGUGAGGGACGAAACCGACACCAAGGAGCUAGCCUUUGAUAAUGUUUGUCUUUGCGAUUCUUUGGUAAAUCCCUUGACUUUGACAUUCCUCUGCCCUGCGACAGUUACCCCGCUUUAGUUUCCCCAUUACCGCCCUUGGUUGACACUACACGUUCGUUUCGUCACGCAGUGCGGGGGUUCAGCCGUGGACUGUGGACACUCUGUGGCGUGACGUCAACGACACCAUAAAGUGGUUUGCCUACUCUUGAAAAACAUCUUGUUUUUUUGGUCGGUUUUUUUUGUGUGUCGUAAACUAGAUACACUUAAAGAUCUUUUAACGCAAGUUUACGCAAGUAACUUCAGUGUACAUGACUCGGAUGUCCUGCAUGUAACCAGGGGUGCCACAACCGUUGCUGGCGCCCCCUUUUAAGUACAGUCUAAAUCAUAAAAAUAUCUGCAAGGAAACAACUGGAGAUUAGUUAAUGAGUUUCUUAGCUAGUUUUUUAUUUAUUUAUUUUUUUUUUUAAAUAGAAACAAUGAACAAUAACUUAACUUGUAUUUGGACAGAAUGAACAAUUAGCCUACCGUGGGUAGUAUGAACAAUUAGCCUACCGUGGGUAGUAUGAACAAUUAGCCUACCGUGGGUAGUAUGAACAAUUAGCCUACCGUGGGUAGUAUGAACAAUUAGCCUACCGUUGGUAGUAUGAACAAUUAGCCUACCGUUGGUAGUAUGAACAAUUAGCCUACCAUGGGUAGUAUGAACAAUUAGUCUACCGUGGGUGGUAUGAACAAUUAGCCUACCGUGGGUAGUAUGAACAAUUAGCCUACCGUGGGUAGUAUGAACAAUUAGCCUACCGUUGGUAGUAUGAACAAUUAGCCUACCGUUGGUAGUAUGAACAAUUAGUCUAACGCAUGCCGUGUACACAAUUAGUCUACCGCAUGCCGUGUACACAGUUAGUCUACCGCAGACAGUAUGACUAUGAACAAUUAACCUACCGAUGACAUUCCCCCCCCCCCCCAAAGCCUUUAGAUCAGCAAGUCUUUGUUUUAUUGCCCUUUCUAUUUCUCUCCCAUGGCGCCCACAUCCUAUGCUUUUUCCUGUUUUGGGAGAUCUUUGAUGGCGCCCCGGGUGACUGACUGCCCGAGUUGCAUGCACCUUGAUUCGGUCCCUAAUGCAACUAAGGAUAGCGUACAUAAUACAUUGAUGUCAUUCGACUAUCCUCCGCGUCCACUCGAGUCUAUGUAAUCCUGUUGUAUCUCCCAGGCCCAUCAUAGCGGCCACGCUAAGUAAUUGGGUUUUUUCGGUCAUGGGGUGAAAUUAAGAUGACGCCAUACAUUUUCACAGUCAACCCCCCCCCCCAACCAAACACCCUUCUCUCUCUCUCUCUCUCUCUCUCUCUCUCUCUCUCUCUCUCUCUGUAGCUUCAAUGUGUAAAUAAAACCCACAUAACAAUAUGGCCGCAUAAUGUGUUAUCUUUCUUUUCACCUCUCUCUGCCCCCCCCCCACACACACACAUUUUAAAAUAAAAACUAAGAAUACUAAGUGUGUGAUCUACUUGUGAUUUAAAUGAAACACGCCAUUUUAAAUUUAUUUUUAGAUAUAUAUAAAAUAUAUAACUAUAAAAAAAAGAAAAAACUUAUUAAAAGAAUAAAUGUUCAGACAUAUAAAUAUUGUUUUGCAGUAUCCUAAAAAAGUUUAUUAUUUAUAAUUAUCAUUCCACUUAAUGUUAUUAUUUUUUACAUUUUUUUUUUUGGUUGUAAUUUAUAUUUUUUUAAUGUCUUUUUCAGUUUUUUGACGCCACCUUCUUACAAGUAUCCUGAUAGUUAACAUUAAACACUAGACGUCAUUAUCUCCUGCAACAACAAAAACAAACAAAAGAGAACAAAAAAAAAACUAUGGAUAUGCAAUACGCUGACAAUGCUUCAAACAAUGACCACGAUGAUUUCAGUGACGUCAUGGGUGUGUACAACACGCGCUCUGCUUUCAGUUCCAGCAGACUUCAUUUGAACCUGUACGACAUGUGUUCAACGGGAGACAAACCGUAUUACGAUGAUGUGGAUUUAAUAUCCGAGUGCUCUACGCCUGGCACGUACGUUCCAGGCAAAUACCUCCAACUCAGCGACUUCACCCCCGACCCCACAAAUGAUGCACUUCUGUGGCCGGUAUCUUUAGGAGGCACCAUGAGAAAUGAUCCAGAGGCUAGUCACGUGAUCCCUGGUCACUCUAGGCUUGCUGAUGAGGAAAGCUUCUCACAGGGACAGGUAAUGAUUUUUUUCAAGUGCAACAUUUGGUUGUGGGCUCAGCACCAGUUAAGAAAGUAGGGUAUGGUCAAUUUUAUUUUAUUUCUUUAAUAUGGGGGGGGGUGUAGGGGGGGGGCAUAGCACAUUAUUUUCAUUAACACACAAGAUUUAUGAGUACAACAAUAUCAGUGCUCAGGGGUUAUUAAUCUUUAGGGAUGGACUUCCGUUCAGUUCCAAUAAUAGAACCAAGCCACCUUGAGUACUUUGGCAUAGCUAAGAUUUUUUUUUUUCCUUCCUUAAAAAACUCUGCAGUUAAUUAACUCCUAAUUUAAGCUUCUAGGGCAUCAUGUAUUUUUUUUAAUUACUACUAUGUUCACUGGUCCUGGUAAGAUUUUUUACCAACCCAAAUAUUUUAAAUCACCAACAUAGAUACUAAGAUAUAUUGAUGAAAUUGGCAUCCAGUCUUAAUUUGGGCUGUACCUUAAAAAAAUUACUGGCAAUUUAAUUUAUGGGUUUAGUGGAUUUUUUUAAAACCAUUUUCUAACCUGAUUGUUGUAUUCUGCAGGUUUCCCGCAGGUCACAUCGACUAUCUUUUCAAAACCCAAAGUUCUAUGUGCCUUUAGUGGUCUGUGUCAUCAUUGCCUUAUUUGCCCUGGGAGGUUUGGCUGCAGUCAUCUAAAGACACUUUCCCCCUUUUCAGACAUCGGAAUAAUUCUAGUCGGCCAGUACCAACAUUCAAGUGAACUCAAUACAAUUUUUGAGUAGCAUUUUACACAAUUAAAUUCUUUUGUUUCAAGUGUUGAAACCAUCAACUGCAUACUGCCUUGUGCAGGAAAUAAGCUAGUCAGUGAGCAGAGUGAUGUGUUGUUUAUCCAAUUUUUAUGAAAAUCCAUGACUGAAUAAAUGCAGAGAUUUAGUUGCAAGCAGAAUCGAUAUUGCAUGAGAAAAUUUCCUAUAUACUGUGUGGAUCAGAUUUCUUAAGAGCCCGCUGAAAGAAUUGUAAAGAAAUUUUUGAAUGACUGAAUAUAUGAAAAAAAUUUUUUAGACAGAUAUAAAAAUUUUAAUGAUAUAGCAAAGUCAAAAGAGUUACUUACUGAAAUUAAAUAUGAUGUAAAAGUUGUAGAACUAACAUUUUAAGUGUCCAAGCAGUUAAAGAAAAUUUUGCAAUGUUGUUUUUUUUUAUUUGAAUGUAUGUGUUUUUAUUUGGCAUGUCUCCGAUAAGACUUUUAAUUUAUUGGUAUGGCAGAUCUUCUUCAAAAUGUAUAUAGCAAAAUAUUUUUUUUUUUUAAAUGGCAUUGGUUAGUGCUCUCCCUUGAGUAGCAGUCAGAUUUCGUCAUUGGAAAGCACCAGCUGAUCUUAGUGAAGAAUUCAUGCCAACAGUUUAAACAAGUGCCUAUAAACACAGACAUCCCCAGGUCAUCGGUGGGACGGUCACUUGAAAUAUCUCCAGCUGUUUGUGUCAGAUGGCCUUGGUGGCAUCAUGUUAACAAAUAAUUGUUGCUGACCAUCGCGCUAAUGUCAACAUUUCUAUUGUCCCUACAACAAACUCACAGAACAUUUAUUUUAAAGUUUCUAUUUUAAUUUAUUUUGAAAGAGCUCGGCUGAAACAAACUGGAAGAGUUCACCUGACUCUGUGGUUGUUGGUUGUUAGGGCAUGACAUGUCAAAUUGCACUUGAUGGUCUAGGUCAUCCAGUUUUGUCAUUGCAGCUGUCCCCAUUUAGAGCUCCUGUCUGUGUGGACGAUUUGUAAAUAUUUCCUAAUUUUUUUUCCAUCUGUUGUAAAAAGCUGCAGAACCUAGGCCAUCGAUUUGAGAAUGCCUCAUACAAAACCUGCUAAGUUGACUUAUAUGUGUUAUCGACUUUGGCUGUAUUUUUUGUAUUUAGUGCGUCAAAACCUUCAUUUUAGUCUAUUAUGUCAUCUGAACAAAACUAUGAAGGCUAUUUUUGAUAUAUAAAGUUGAUUAACUAUAAUAGAUUUUUUUGAUUAAAUGAAUGAACAGAAAGCUAAUGAGCAAGUUUUUCAAGUGGCCGUUUCAUUUAGUCAGAUAGCGUCCCACCCCUGUUUAAAUUUAUAUUUUAGAUUAAGAGAGUUUUAGAAUGUUGUACUCUUAACUGGAAUUUAAAUAUAAGUAGGGUUAAUUUUUAUUUUGAAUGAUAUGUUUCUUAUUGGUUUCCAACACCAAGAAGAAUUUAAUAAAAAAGCUAGUGAAUUGUAUUGACGCGUGUUAAUAAUGUGUUUAAACUAUCAUGAUUAAUAACACAAACAUUUAUGAUUGUUAGGAUGGCAGCUUUUUAAAAGUAAAAUUAUGAUGAUUAGUUUUUAUCUUUAGUUGUUAUAUAGAAUCUAUAUUGUGGAGGUAAUUACAUUAUGUCACUUUUUAAGGUGUGAUUAAAAAUACAUGGUUUUAUUUCUGUUGUUGGUAGAAGAUUGACCUAAAUAUGUAUUUCUUGGUUUUAUUUUUUAUUUAUAAUAUAAGUAAAGACACAUAUAGGGAAUCAACUUAUCUUUAUUUGUAGUGCAGUUCAAAACUGAAUUUAAUGAAUUUUUAAAUUGUUAUGUAUUUAUUUAUUAAGUUCCUACAAAAUAACUGGGUUGUGUUUAGGGAGAGUAUAAUAGUUAGAUACAGUUGUAGAGUGGAUCUUAUGGCUUAUCUCCCUUAACUCGUCACUUGUACAUUUAGAUACAUGGUGAUGGUGUUGUCAUCAAUUAGAUGUGUGAACUAACUGAUGAAUUCUUUGAAAGAAAUCCUUAGAAAUGACCAUUCAUUUAUGUGAAAUAUGUCAUUAUCAUGUAUCCUUCAUGUGUUGACUCAUCUCUUGCCAAUCCUGAUAUUACUUUUGUAUUUAUGUGAGGCUGAACAAUUCUCAAUUUCAGGAAUGCCGUUUCUUCUUCUGGUACUCAAUUUUUGUUGUUCAAAGCUGUUUUUGUGCAUGGUCUGGUCCUUCAGAGCCUGGUAGCACCACAAAGAGACUGUUCUUCAAGCCAGAUGUUCAAUGUGAAUAAAUAGCAGGCUAAAUACAAUGUUCAAUAGACAUUUCUAAAAAUAGCUUGUUGUUGGCUGUAAGCUGUGACAUAAUUCAGUGGCUCCACUGACUUAGCAGCUUCACUGAAUUAAUAGCUCACUAUGCUAAAAAAUUAACUUUGUACCAAAGUUAAAAUAAAAUUUAGAUUUCUCGAUGUUAACGUCUCAAAACAGUUCCCAUCAUAUGGGUAUUUUCUUUAUCAUGUGCAUCAAUUUAGUUCUGUAAAUAUGUAUUAUACAUCGCUGUUUUCAGUUUGAAAAAUGUAUGAAGUUAUUGUGCGAUGAGAUUCUUGAGUUAGAGAAUCACAUGUAGCUAAUGAUCUCACUACAACACAUGACGAGAUGGUUGGGUAUAAUCCUAUCAACACGCCACAUAACUCGUAGGUGAUUGGCUGAGAUGGUAUGUGAGCAUUGAGAUCAUAGUUUCAUGAUUUUACCAUCUUUCAAGAUAUACUGUGGUGGGGGUUCAUUAAUCAUUAGCUGGGUGUCGGUGGUCUCAUAUUGAGAGCGACCGGUAUCCCUAUCACCUUCACCACCGGUAUCCCUAUCACCUUCACCACCGGUAUCCCUAUCACCUUCACCACCGGUAUCCCUAUCACCUUUAACGACCAAGCAACCUCUUCCACCCUCAUCCAAGUAGGCCAUAAAUUAAAAAAAAAUAUGGCUUGUUAGGGACCAUGAAAGAUAUGUUCAUUGUCACAAGUCUUGUUUAAAAAGCAUUGUUGUACAUAUUUCUUUAACACUUAAAUGAAAAUGAUCCUGUUAUGAUGUAUAGAUAUAUAUGAAAAUGAUCCUGUAAUGAUAGAUAUACAUAUGAAGCCAAGUGUCUCCAUCUACUUGCUGAUUUUUCUGGGCAGGUAUUUAAUCUGUAAAUAAAAUAAACAUGUGAAAAU